AUGUCGUUAACAAAUUCCCGUUUCUACGAGGAGAAGUAUCCGGAGGUUGACAGCUAUGUCAUGGUCAAUGUCAAGCAGAUCGCCGAAAUGGGCGCAUACGUGAAGCUCCUCGAAUAUGACAACAUUGAUGGCAUGAUCCUGCUGUCUGAACUGUCGCGGAGACGUAUUCGUAGUAUCCAGAAGCUCAUUCGCAUUGGCCGCAACGAGGUCGUCAUCGUGCUUCGUGUUGACAAGGAGAAGGGUUACAUCGAUCUCUCCAAGCGUCGAGUUUCCCCCGAAGAUGUCGUCAAGUGUGAAGAGAGGUACAACAAGAGCAAGGCGGUUCACUCCAUCAUGCGCCAUGUUGCCGAAGCCACUCAGACUCCUCUGGAGGAGUUGUACCAGAAGAUCGGAUGGCCACUGAACCGGAAAUACGGCCAUGCUCACGAUGCCUUCAAGAUCUCCAUCACGAAUCCCGACGUGUGGCAGGAUGUGGAAUUCCCCAGCGAAGCUGUCAAGAAGGAGUUGACACAGUACAUCAGCAAGAAGCUGACUCCCUCCCCGACCAAAGUUCGUGCUGAUAUCGAAGUUACCUGCUUCGGCUAUGACGGAAUCGACGCCGUCAAGACCGCUCUUCGCACUGCCGAGGCGAACAACACUCCCGAGAACCAGAUCAAGGUCAAGCUGGUCGCUCCUCCCCUGUACGUCCUGACCAGCCAGUGCUUGGAUAAGAGCCUGGGUAUCAAGUUGCUCGAGGAGGCUAUCGAGAGGAUCGAUAGCGAGAUCAAGAAAGCCGGGGGUGGCUGUGUCGUCAAGAUGGCACCCAAGGCUGUCACCGAGCACGACGAUGCUGCUCUCCAGGAGCUCAUGGACAAGCGGGAGCGUGAGAACAUGGAAGUCAGCGGCGACGAGAGCAUGUCCGAAAGCGACGAGGGUGUUCCCGAAUAA